AUGGCAAUCGCAUAUAAGCCCGUCACGGCAGUCCUCUUCGACAUGGACGGCCUUCUCAUCGACUCAGAAGGCGUCUACACAAAAGUCGUCAACGAGGUUCUCAAGCCUUAUGGACUAGAGCAGGGCUGGGACCUGAAGAUGAAGCUGAUGGGCAUGCCCGAGAAGAAGGCUGUUGAGACUCUCCUGGCUAACUUCUGGCCACCCGAGAAGGAAGGGGAGAUAUUUGCUGCAGAAUGUCCCUUCACCAUCGAGUCCUUCCUGAGCCACCGGAAUAUGAAUCUUGACGAGGAAUUCAGCAAAGUCAAACCAAUGCCCGGAGCACAGAGACUCAUAGAUCAUCUUGCGAAGCACAACAUCCCAGUUUGCGUGGCUACUGGAUCCAAGACUCGCAAUUUCAAAAUCAAAUCGUCAGCCAAUCCGGACCUUUUCGCUCCUUUCAAAGGCAGGGCCAUCUGCGGUGAUGACGAACGCUUAAAGCGAGGCAAGCCCUUUGCAGAUGUCUUCCUCCUUGCCGCGAGAGAAGGACUUGGUGAGCCCUCAAAGUGGCAACCCAUCGUACGGGAGCCCGGGCCAGAGCAUGAUGGAACACUGAAGGGAGGAGAGGAGCAAUUCUUGGUCUUCGAGGACGCGACUGGAGGAGUGAAAGCCGCCAAAGCAGCUGGCAUGCAGGUCGUCUGGGUGCCGGAUCCGCAGCUGCGAGCCAUUGCAGAUGAGAAAGAGGUUGCUGCAACUCUAACAAUCAAUAGCCUAGAGGACUUCAGGCCCGAGCUAUUUGGCCUGCCGCCUUUCGAUAAUUGA